AUGUCACGACGAACAACAGAGCAAAACCUGCAUUCUAAUAAUCAGAAUGAAUCAUCAGAAUCCAGUGAAAAAGAUAAUGUCGCGAUAUUGCAAUCUCCAUCGGCAUUACCGCUAGCAUAUAACGACAAUAACUCCAGAAUCACAGAAGAUAUCGACCUAAUACCACAAUCACUAUGGUAUCAACCAGAUCCCCAAGAAUCCUUGCCACAGCAUCUCAACAUCCAUAACUCAAUAAUUCGCUACUACAAUGAUAAACCCGAUACGAAACACAAUGAUUUAUUGUCGUCAUAUCCAGCCUUGGAGAAUAGUCCAAUUGAGGCGGUACGAGCUACCGUGUCGAAAAAUGAUGAUCGGACAUUAGAAUGCUUGACAUUUCGUUUUUGGGUGUUGAGCUUUUUGUUUACUGUGUUCGGGGCUGCGUUUACUCAAUAUUAUUAUUUUACGACUAUACCGUAUCAGUUUUCUGUGGUUUUUGUGCAGCUGGCAAGUUACCCGUUGGGAAAAUUGAUGGCUAGAUUUUUGCCACAAAGAAAAAUUCGAUUUGGAAGUUGGUUCGAGUUCUCUAUGAAUCCUGGACCUUUUAAUAUGAAAGAACAUGCUUUAAUAGGAGUUGCUGCUUCUACAGCAACUAUUUCUCCAUAUGCGAUAAACUUGUUGUCAAUGCAACGGUUAUAUGUUGCUCAAGGCUUCAAACAUGUUGGAAGUAUACUUCUUUUGAUAUCGUCACAAUGUCUCGGGUAUGGUCUAGCUGGAAUGGCAUACCCAAUUCUUGUUGAAAUACCCGAAAUGGUAUGGCCAGCCAGUUUAGUAAAUGUCGCAUUCUACAACACACUCCACGAACACAAAAAUAAUUUUAUACGAGCACUUUCAAGAAUGCAAUUCUUUUGGAUAGUUUUCGGUGUAAUUUUUCUUUGGGAACUGGUGCCGCAGUUUAUCGCGCCGAUACUUAUGAGUUUUACGGUUCUUUGUUAUUUCGGGCACAAGAAUCCUGAUUUGAUAAGACUAGGAAGUGGUGUAAAAGGCUUAGGGUUAUUGACAGUUACUUUUGAUUGGACAGAAGUGAUACAGUUUACGCCAUUAUCUUCACCUUGGUGGGCACAAUCGAAUGUCUAUUUCGGUGGAGCAGUUUUCCUUUGGAUGGUAAUGCCAAUAGUUUACUACGCAAAUCUCUGGUCAGCAAAAACAUUUACAAUCACAUCAGUAGAAUUACACGAUAACCAGGGCAAUUUUUAUAAUAUCAGUCGUAUUAUAAAGGCUAAUGAAACAACAAUUGACACCGCCCAGUACGACGCAUACUCUCCAAUCAGAAUGAGUCCGUUUAUGGCACUUUCGUAUGCCUGUGGAUUCAUUUCAAUCACUGCAACGAUAACACAUGUUUGUCUUUGGCAUGGAAAAGACAUUAUCGGAAAAUUUCAAAGCGCGAUAUUAGAUAUUCUUACCCGUGAUGAUAGAAUCACACGGUUUGAUCCAACGGCAAUGAGUGAUGUUAGUUCGGCGCCAUUCUCUACUUUUGAACAAGAUCCGAGAAAAUUGGAAAGGGAUGCUUGUAUACAUGUUAAUAUGAUGCGUGCAUAUCCUAAAGUCCCUAUUAAAUGGUACACGCUGAUAUUUUGUUUGUCUCUGAUUAUGGCGUGUGCUUUUACUGUGUUAGAACCAACGGCUUUACCCAUGUGGGGACUCUUUGCAGCUUUAGUGAUGGCAUUAAUUGGUAUUCUUCCAGUUGGAGUAAUUCAAGCAAUGACGAAUUAUCAAAUAGGACUAAACAUUAUAUCGGAAAUGAUUGCUGGCUACAUAUUUCCAGGAGAACAAGUUGCAAACGUCACAUUUAAGGUAUUCUCAUAUUGGGGAAUGGCUCAAUGUCUAACAAUGCUUCAACAGUUCAAGCUUGGCCAAUACAUGAAAAUACCCCCAAGAAAAAUGUUCAUCGUACAAAUAUACGGCACUUUACUCACCCUAACAGUAACCUACAUCGUAAUGAACUGGAUGAUAGACAGCCACUUUGAAGAAAUCACCCAAAACAAAAACGGAUUCUCUUCGAUGAUCCCGCGAAUCACACAAUCCGUCUCGAUAAUCUGGGGCGCCGCUGGCCCGCAACGUAUCUUCGGAUACGAUAGCUUGUACUUCCCGCUAGUUUGGUGCUGGCUUAUCGGAUUCCUCUUACCGAUUCCGUUCUGGCUCAUACAUAGGCGCUGGCCAAACUCGAGAUUCCCAUGGAAAUUCGUGAAUGUACCGUUGAUAUUUUUAGGGGCGCAUAUAACAGUGCAGUUCAGAAAGAACUAUUUGUUGGUUGCUCUGGUAGUGGGGUUCUGUACUCAGUUUUCAUUGUAUCGAUAUCGCCACGAUUGGUGGCGAAAGUACAAUUAUGUGGGAAAUGCAGCGUUGGAAAGUGGAGUGCAGAUUUGUCUGUUUGUUGUUUUUAUUUUCACUAAUGCAUUUUUUACGAAUAUUCAUUUUCCCGAAUGGUUCGGCAACAAUCCACUCAAUCAUGAACAAUGUGGUUAG